GCAUACCACAGAUCCCAGAAACUGUGUAUUUCAUGCUAGAUUUAAGCACUUUAUCCGGACGUGGACUCUUAUUUUGACAAUGGUGAGGCGGCUUUUCCUGAGGACCCACACAAUGCUUGUUCGUCAGAGAAGACGCUCUUCUGAUGUCACUGAGUCCCGGGGGCGAGACUGGUUCGCCGCUAUAUAAUCUUCCCAGCUCGGUGGAUGAAACCAGCUCAUUGAAACAGAUACUAGACAAAGCAAUUGCACACUGAACAAACUAACAUGGUGAAGAUCACUUUCCAGCCAGUUUCGGCGCAGAAGCCCGAUAAAGAGAUCGAUGGAGACAAGAUCAUUAUACCUCAGGCUCACGAGCAGCUGGUUCUUCCAGGCAGGUCCAAGAAGCCUUUUCCAACCGGACUCUGCUGCCUCGCUUUUGGCCUGGUGGUUCUCUUGUCAGGACUGGUGAUGGCCUCCAUCUACGUCUAUCGAUACUACUUUAUACCUCAGAUCCCAGAAGACAGCCUGUUCCACUGCCGGGUUCUCUAUGAGGACUCUGUGUACGCUCCAUUGAGGGGCCGGCAAGAAAUCGAGGAAAAUGUUGGCAUCUAUCUUGACGACAACUACGAGCAGAUCAGUGUACCUGUGCCACGCUUUGGAGGCAGCGACCCCGCUGAUAUCAUCCACGACUUUCAGAGGGGCCUCACGGCUUAUCACGACAUUGCUUUGGACAAAUGCUACAUCACUGAGCUGAACACAACCUUGGUGAUGGCCCCAAGGAGCCUGUGGGAGCUGCUCAUCAAUGUCAAGAGAGGGACGUACCUUCCUCAGACUUACAUCAUCCAGGAGGAGAUGAUGGUGACGGGGAGGGUGAGGAACAUGAGGCAGCUGGGCCCGUUCAUCCACAGGCUCUGCUACGGCAAAGAAACCUAUCGCCUCAGACGCCGCAACCAGCGCAAACGUAUUGAGAGGCGUGAAACAAAGAAGUGCCACAGCAUUCGUCACUUCGAGAACACCUUUGUGGUUGAGACCGUGAUCUGUGACAGGGUCUAAGCCUGAGGCGGAAAUAACAGCCAUCCAACACUGAAGCCAGUUUCAAACCAUACCUCUCAAAUUCUUUAGGCUUUUAACUGCACUUUAAGAGCAAGUGUUUGUCCAACAGUUUUUGUUUUGAUUUUAAUGGUUGUUUGUUUUUUGUUUUUUUUUGUCUCAGAUUGGAAAUGCUCUUUCAUUGUUCGUGUACAAUGUCUUUUUUAUUCAGAUAGUCUGUAUAUUUGGAUGAUGUUAUAAAUGUGUUUGGAUAUAUCUGUAGCUUGUCAAGUUGUGCAUAAGAUGUUAAUAUGUGUCGGUUUGUGACAUUUUCAUCGAAGGAGUUGAUUUUAUUUUACGUCUGACUUUUCCUUAUGGUUAUUUUAGUAACCCAGUGCACUGUUGGUUGUGGCAAGCUUGCACUGUGCACUCAAGUUAAUGUUUGUUUUUUGGUUGUUAUUUUACUUUGUUUUGAAUGUCAGAAAAUGGCAAAACAUACCUCAUGUAGUUUCUUUGCUGGUUUAUAUCAUUAUGAAUGGUGUACAUAACUUUGAUUGUUCCUAAGCAAUAUAUACUGUAAAUUGAUUUUGAACAUAUUGUUACAUGCAUAGAUUUUUAUCUGAAACCGACUUGUUUCGUGACCAAUCGUUUCUUUAUUGUUUAUGUCCUCAUUUCCACUGGUAUCUUACUUUCGUACUCCUUGGAUAUAAUGGCUUCAGACUGUAAUUAGUAGCAGUGCUUUAGAAGGACAGAUGGAACCAAAGUCUGCAGUUAGCGAUGCUAUGCUUAGUGCUGAGGACAUAUGGAAUAUUUAGAGAGAAUGCUUUUUACUGUAGAUGAUAUCAAAGGCUAAAACUCAUCUUGUCUCGCUCUUCCUUCACUUUACUUGGAGUUGCCUAUUGUCUUUAGCUUCCUAUCUCGACAUUAUAAUCUCUACAACGUUGAUUCGUCCCAACUUAAAAAAAAAAAAAAAAAGAAAGAAAAAAAGAUUUGGGGUGUCUUUCUGAUGUACAACCUGGAGCAAAUAAGUCUCUGCUGAGAGAGAGAGAGACUUGUGACAUGUGCUCAUAUUUCAAUGUCUGGAAUACCUUAUUUCACUGUACAGUCGAUUUUUCUUGUAAUAUCUUGCUGCUUUAAGAAUAAAUGAUCAAACUUU